CUGUUUUUUGGGUUGUCUCUUUUUUUCCCCCUUUGUUCUUUUGUUUCGUUUUUUAAGUUCCACACGUGAAUGAAAUCAUAUGGCUUUAAUAGUUAUUUAAAUAAAUGAAAGUCAUUCACUUAAAUCACAGAUAUAGUAUAAUGUCAGAAUCAUAAUAUAGAUUUCAGCCGUACAAUUGCUGUAUUUAAGAGCUGUGUUGCCACCCCAGAAAAGGUUUUUUUUUUUUAAUUUUAAAUCCAAAUUAGUUAACAUAUAGCAUAAUAAUUAUUUCAGGAAUAGAAUUUAGUGAUUCAUCACUUACAUGUAACGCCUAGUGCUCACCCCAAGUGUCCUCCUUAAUGUCCCUUGCUCAUUUAGCCUAUCCUCCUACCCAACACCCCACCAGCAACCCUCAGUUUGUUCUCUGUAUUUAAGAGUCACUUAUGGUUUGUUUUCCUUUCUGUUUUUAUGUUAUUUUUGCUUCCCUUCCCUUAUGUCCAUUUGUUUUGUAUCUUAAAUUCCACAUAUUAGUGAAAUCAUAUGAUACUUAUCUUUCUCUGCUUAUUUCGACUUACUUCGCUUGGAAUAAUACACUCUAGUUCCAUCCACAUUGUUAUAAAUGGCAAGAUUUCAUUCUUUUGGAUCGCCAAGUAAUAUUCCAUUGUAUACAUAUAUACAUUCAAGAGUGGCUGCACCAGCUUGCAUUCCCACCAGCAGUGCAAAAGAGAUCCUCUUUGUCUGCAUCCUCGCCAACAUCUGUGGUUGCCUGAGUUGUUAACGUUAGCCAUUCUGACAGGGGUGAGGUGAUAUCUCACUGUGGUUUUGAUUCGUAUUUCCCUGAUGAUGAGUGAUGUUGAGCAUUUUUUCAUGUGUCGGUUGGCCGUCUGGAUGUCUUCUUUGGAAAAGUGUCUAUUUGUGUCUUUUGCCCACUUCUUCACUGGAUUAUUUGUGUUUUUGGGUGCUGAGUUUGAUUAAGUUCUUUAUAGAUUUUGGAUACUAACUGUCUGAUAUGUCAUUUGCAAAUAUCUUCUCCCAUUUUGCCGGUUGCCUUUUAGUUUUACUGAUUGUUUCCUUUUCUGUGCAGAAGCUUUUUAUCUUAAUGAGGUCCAAAUAGUUCAUUUUUGCUUUUGUUUUCCUUGCCUCUGGAAACAUGUCAAGAAGUUUCUGCAACCGAGGUCAAAGAAGUUGUUGCCUGUUUUCUCCUCUAGGAUUUUGAUGGCUUCCUGUCUUACAUUUAGGUCUUUCAUCCAUUUUGAGUUUAUUUUUGUGUAUGGUGUAAGAAACUGCUCCAAGUUCAUUCUUCUGCACAUUGCAGUCCAGUUUUCCCAACACUAUUUGCUGAAGAGACUGUCUUCUUUCCAUUGGAUAUUCUUUCCUGCUUUGUCAAAGAUUAGCUGGCCAUAUGUUUGUGGGUCCAUUUCUGGGUUCUCUAUUCUGUUCCAUUGUGUCUGUUCUUGUGCCAGUACCAUACCGUCUUGAUGAUUACAGCUUUGUAGUAUGGCUUGAAGUCUGGAAUUGUGAUGCCUCCAGCUUUGGUUUUCUUUUUCAGGAUUGCUUUGGCUGUUUGAGGUCUUUCCUGGUUCCAUACAAAUUUUAGGAUUGUUUGUUCUAGCUCUGUGAAGAAUACUGGUGUUAUUUGGAUAGGGAUUGCUCAGAAAAGUUUUAAAGCAAGGAUGAGUAGUACCAGACGAUAUAUGUCAAAAUCUUAUGGCUGUUAUUGUCAUCUUAGACCAUGGGGAGGACCCUGGAUAGUUUUUCCAAAUGGUCAUGUCUUGACCUCUCAGGUGUCUGUGUUGUUAGGAUCUCAGCUAUUCUCUUCAUCUAAAAGGCAUUUCUAGGGGGGCGCCUGGGUGGCUCAUUCGGUUGGGCAUCCGACUUCGGCUCAGGUCAUGAUCUCACGGUCCGUGAGUUCGAGACCCGCAUCGGGCUCUGGGCUGACAGCUCAGAGCCUGGAACCUGUUUUGGAUUCUGUGUCUCCCUCUCUCUCUGACCCUCCCCUGCUCAUGAUCUGUCUGUCUCUGUCUCAAAAAUAAAUAAAUGUUAAAAAAAUUAAAAAAAAAAAAAGACAUUUCUAGGUUGCCUUCAAAAUAGAGGCAUCAACUACCGAUUUUUCUCUGAACACACUACCUUUUGGAACUGCAAUGUGAUCCUUCAGGGCCUCCUUCCGCCAGGAAAUACUGGCGGGGGGUGGGGGGCGGUGGUGAUAGUGGUGGAAGCAUUCAAUUAAGUGAUGAGCCAGUGUCAUCUCUGUGGAGGACCCCAGCUUCCCUUAGAACCGGUGGCGAAGCUUGUACCCAGUAUAAGGUAAUGAAGUAUAGCCGAGAACCAUGUAGUAAUUAUCUUUUAUCCCUCGAAGAUCUCAGAGAUUUGUGUCCCGUUUCUCUGUCCUGUUACGGAGUAUAGUGAAAGCAACAAAUUUUGGAGACAAAGGGACCUGGCUUUGGUCUUAGCGGGGCCACCGCCAGAACUACAGCCACAUUUGUGUUUUCCUGUAAUGUAUAGUGUGCUGUGACUGAUUGGACUUAACUAUGCACAACACUGGGGAUUAACAGUUGACACAUAAGCAGGUAGUUACUUCAAGUCAACUUUUAGGAAAAUCCUAUUUUGCGCAAGUAUUAACACAGGGCAUGGCGACGAUUCUGGGCUCGGAAAUACCCUUUUUCCACUUAGCGUUUGGAAAAGGAACGUAAGGCCGAAAGGAGGUCUAACGCCCACCAGCGGGCACCGCCCCCUCUUAGCCCCACCCCUACCAAGGCCCCGCGUUCCUUGCUAUUGGUUCCUCUCGCUGCGCCGUCCGUUGCCGUGGAGACCAAGGCUAUGGCAACCAGGAGAAGCCAAACUUGGUCCUUCCUCUGGAACCGCGAGGGCUCCAGGACAAGGGGCUGGACUCCGCACCGAGUUCAUGGCGCUCUACGAGCUUUUCUCUCAUCCGGUGGAGCGCGGUUACCGCGCGGGGCUCUGCUCCAAGGCCGCGUUGUUCCUGCUGCUGGCCGCCGUGCUCACGUACAUCCCGCCGCUGCUGGUGGCCUUCCGGAGCCACGGGCUUUGGCUGAAGCGGAGCAGCUACGAAGAGCAGCCGACCGUGCGCUUCCAGCACCAGGUGCUACUCGUGGCCCUGCUGGGACCCGAUCACGACGGGUUCCUGGCCUGGAGCACGUUCCCCGCCUUCAACCGACUGCAGGGGGAUCACCUGCGCGUCCCGCUGGUUUCGACUCGAGAAGAAGACAAGAACCAGGAUGGGAAAAUGGACGUGUUACAUUUUAAACUGGAGCUUCCUCUGCAGUCCACGGAGCAUGUUCUUGGUGUGCAGCUCAUCUUGACUUUCUCCUACCGAUUGCACAGGAUGUCGACAUUCGUGAUGCAGAGCAUGGCGUUUCUCCAGUCCUCCUUUGCUGUGCCAGGGUCCCAGCUCUAUGUGAACGGAGACCUGAGGCUGCAGCAGAAGCAUCCCCUAAGCUGCGGUGGCCUUGACGUUCGGUACAACGUGUCUGUAAUCAACGGGACCAGCCCUUUUGCCCGUGACUAUGACCUCACCCACAUUGUUGCCGCUUACCGGGACAGGAAUGUAACCACCGUCCUGAUGGACUCCGACCCCAUCUGGCUGGUGGGAAGGGCCGCCGAGGCUCCAUUUGUGAUUAACGCCAUCAUCCGGUACCCAGUGGAAGUCAUUUCUUAUCUACCAGGAUUCUGGGAAAUGAUAAAGUUUGCCUGGAUCCAGUAUGUCAGUAUCCUGCUUAUCUUCCUCUGGGUGUUUGAAAGAAUCAAAAGAUUUGUGUUUCAGAAUCAGGUGGUGACCACGAUCCCUGUCACCAUAAUGCCCCAGGGAGAACUGUAUAAGGAGCACUUAUCAUAAGACCAUUUCUGAGAACUAAGCAGGACCCUGGCUACCUCAGCCUUGUCUUCUGGGAACGGCCAUCUUAAGAAAUUUUUGCGAAGAGCUCCUCAUGGACACGUGCCCGUGUGUGUCCUUUUCCUAUCAGAGACAAAGGACAAUCCGUUGUAAGUUUUCUCUACACAAAUUCCAUGUCUUCUAAGCACCUCCAAAAUCUUCAGGGACUAGUUUGUGGAAACAUCCAGAGGUUCCUGAAGGCUAUAAUUUGCUUUUUUUUUUUUUUUUUUUUUUUGCCUUAGACUUGAAUUUCAGGAGAAAACUGCAGUCAGUUCAGAACUCUUGGAAAGAGUCCCAUCUCUGGUCAAGCAAAGACUUUUCCUCUCUUGAACUGAGAAACAUGCUAUGCAUUUCUUCCCACUAUUGUAAACCACUUUUUACUCUUUUCAGGCCUCUCUUGUGAGAGAUAUGCAAAUCAGUAGCACUUUCCACUCCUGAGCAUCUAAAUUUCCCAUUCAGAACUUUGGUUUCCAGAACUGAGAGGUCCUUGAGGGGGAGAAUGGGAGCGAGAGAAAGGGAGCGCUGGAGAGCACAUGCACGCACACGUGUCCAGUGGGCAACUCCAGGACACCGGGACCAUCCACCUGCCCUCAGGCUAACAGACAUUGGUCUGUCAUCAGCUGGGCUGAGCAGCCCUUUAUCCCUGCCCUGCUGUGGCUGGCUUUGUGCCCUGCCUUUUGCCCUGUCUGUGCCCCUGGAACAGCAGGCUGAAGCCAGAGUGCUCUUUCGCUCACAGUCCCCUCCGCAACAGUGGGGGAAGUAAGGAUUAUAACAACAGUUUCUUUCUCUCUGGCCCUGACCCAACAGCCUGGACACUUGCUACUCCUCCUCCUUGACAGCCCUCCCCCACUUCUUGAAAAGGACACGGGUGACAGAGGACCUGUUGUUGGUAUUGGCUCCCACUGCCAACAACCACAGAGUUUGUUUGGAGGGCUAGCAGGAGACCCAGCUACUUGUAUUUCCUGUGAUGAAGGGACAGGGUGCCCGUCAGAGUGAGCGGCUUUGGGGAGAACGAACAAGGUGCACUGAGGGGGUAAAGAGGACGCUUGCCCGCCCAGGACAGCCUAAUCCGGCCUGGUUGUUAGCAGAAUGACAAGCGGUCCGACAGGGUCAACCUCCUGCCUAAGUGAGUGUCAUCAGGAUGGCACUGCUGAAAUGGGCCUCUGUUGCACACGGAAGGCCAGUUCGCCGUUCCUGGACUGAGGAAAUGAGCUGUCCUCAAAGGACAGACGGAUCUGCUUUAUGAUCGCAAGAUGUCACUGGCACUGGAGACAGGCCUGCUCUGAACCAUGCUUCAGGCCCACCCACCCACACACUCCUCUACAUGCGUAUGCCUCAGUUUACCUUGGAGAUUCAGUUCUCAUUUCCAAAGCACCUUUUCUUCCAGGCUGACCAAGAUAAGAGUUUUGGAAACAGCCACUUUGAAGUAUUCAAGCACAAAACUAGCUUAACACUGGCCCCUCUGCCUUGUCUUUUACUAUCUAGGGCUGUUUAUAUACCUACACAGUUUUUCUUGGGAUUUAAAUGAAAAACGGUUUCUGGUUUGAAUCACAAAAAGGUAAGGAGAAACGGGAAGAUCGCUAAAGACAUGAAUUAACACCGCUUUGCAUUUUGUUAAAUUAUUUUCAGGCAGAACUUGUAUAAAGAACCAUGAUGUUUUGUACCUUUCUAAUUAAAAUAUUCAAAAUGGAA